UGAAUAUUGGAAAUUAUGCUCGCAUAUUUCUGCACGUUCUUCAAUCUUGCCAAUCUUACCAAGAAUUUCGCGUUGCAUUAUCACGUCUCUGGAGCGCGUAGAUCGUGCGGGCCAGCAGCUGGCGGAGAUCUAUAAAUGGGCGCCCAGUUGCUGGUGCUGCAUUGAGUUUUGUGGUGUCGUCGGUGCUAUGAGAGUGUUUCUGGUGCUGUUGAGCUUGCUGGCGGUGGCGGUGGCCACCAAGUGUCCGUUUUCGUCGAUGGAACCUCUGGCCAGGUCCAAACGGGGUGCCUUUGACGUUCGUCCGGCGGUCAGUGACGGAAGUUUGGAUGCCCUGAUCAAGGACUUUAUGCCCAAGUACAAUUCCAACAAUGUGCACACCAGUUGGGCAGAGCCUUCUGGUCCUCAACAAACUUUAAGGUGUGGCGUUGCGCCCCGCAACUGCCUGAAUGAUACUAGAAAUCUCCAGUACCGGAGUUUGGAUGGUUCCUGCAAUAACCUGCUGUAUCCGGAGUUUGGAAUCGCUGUUUCGCGGUAUCGCAGGCUACUGCCUCCUCGGCAGGUGGAACAGGCUCCGAAUGCCCGACUGAUCUCUCUGUCACUGUACGGCGAGCAGACGAGGAACGACAGGUUCCGCACCAUGGCGGCCAUGCAAUGGGGACAGUUUGUGGCCCACGACAUCAGCCAAUUGAGCCUGCGGGGCGCACCGCUGGAUUGCUGUGCUGAGCCACGUCAUCCCCGCUGUCUGCCGAUUAGCCUGCCACGUGGAGGACCCAUUGCCUAUAAUACUGGAAGGACCUGCCUGCACUUUGCCCGCAGUACCUCUGAAGCGGAUGCCAUUUGCCCGAAGAAUGGUGCACCCUAUCCCGAGAAGCUGACGGUGGCCACAGCCUACCUGGAUCUGUCAUCGGUCUAUGGCAACAACCCGUCACAAAACAGCAAGGUACGUCUGUUCAAGGGCGGUCUUCUAAGGACAACCUACUCCAAUGGUCAGCACUGGCUGCCGGUGAGCCAGAAUGAGGGAGGCGAGUGCGGCACCAGGAGCGAGUGCUACACAGUGCCCGAUAAGCGCAAUCAAUUCCACGCCACCAUCACCCUGCUGCAGACUCUGCUCGUUCGAGAGCACAAUCGCCUGGCCGAGAACCUGGCGCUGAUCAAUCCCGAUCACAGUGACGAGCGCCUCUUCCAGGAGGCUCGCAAGAUCAACAUCGCCCAGUUCCAGAAGAUCACCUACUACGACUGGCUGCCGCUGUUCGUGGGUCGCACCUAUACCUACCUGAACGGCCUCAUCUAUCCCGUGGAGCCCACUGAGUACGUGAACGACUACGAUGAGACGGUCAAUCCUGCUGCCUAUGCUGAGUUCUCGGCCGCUGCCUUCCGCUACGCCCACACCCAGAUACCCGGCUGGUUCUCGUUGGUUGCCCCCAACCGCAGCUCUAAUCAAACGCUGCGCCUGAGUGACUACCUCGGUCGUUCAGAGACCAUGCGUUUGCUGCAUACAGGCGAUAACUUUGACGCUUUGCUGAGAGGCUUGGCCACUCAGCUGCACAAGCAAUCGGAUGGAAACAUCGAUCCGGAGAUCAAGCACUACUUUAUCCGCAAGGAGUUCGAGGAGUACGGCUCGGAUCUAAAGUCUAUUGAUAUUCAGAGGGCUCGAGACUUCGGACUAGCCUCCUACAACGAUGUGCGAGAGUUUUGCGGACUGCGAAGAGCUGUAAAUUGGGCCGAUUUCGCUCACGAGAUUCCGGGAGAGAAAAUAUCACUGUUGCGUCGAUUGUACGCCACUCCAGAUGAUGUGGAGCUGGGUGUAGGUGGCACCCUGGAGUACCAUGUCCCCGAUGCUCUCUUCGGACCAACUCUGUUGUGCGUCAUUGGAAAACAGUUCCUGAACACAAGACGCGGCGAUAGAUUCUUUUUCGAACGGGAGAACGCAGGAGGAUUUUCACGCGGUAAGUGGGGUUUUGUUCUUAUGGCAACAGCAUUUUUCAAUUCUUGUUCCACAGCUCAACUGGCGGAGAUCCGUAAAGUGAGUCUGGCCAGCUUGUUCUGCAACAACGCCAACUAUCUGCACUUAAUUCAGCCAAAUGUAUUUGUUUUCCCGAACUCACAUAACCUACUACUCAACUGCAAUUUUAUCCCACAAAUCGAUCUUAGCAAGUGGCAGGACCUCAGGCCCCAACUUGUACACUAG